AUGCCUCUCGAGCUGCCAGUCUUCACCCUCGCCGACGCCGCCGGCGUCGCGACUCCCAACGUCGCUGACGUUCGCAAGGGCGACGCAAGCACCUACGCGCAACGGUUCACGCCCCGCACCACCGCCAGGAGCACCUGGUCGCAGCGCAACGUCGCCCACAUCGCGCGUCUCGAGCAGGAGGGCCGCAUGACGGGCUCUCGGACGCCAGGCAGUGCGACGCGGCGAAAGCGGACGGGUGGUGGCAUGCCGCGUACGCUGGCUCAGUCGACGGCGGAGCCGCCCGCCGAGUUCCCGGGCGCGCCCUCGCUGCGGUCCCUGCGGCGCAGGCCAUGCCGGGAAAAGCGCAUCGCCGCAUUUGUCGAGAUGCCCGCACGCGGUGAGACCAUGCACCCGCAAAGGCAAAAGCAGAAGCAGAAGCAGAAGCAGAAGCAAGCACAAACGGCAAAGGCGCCAACUGCUCUCGCAGGAGCCACGGCUACAGCCCCGAACGCUCGUGUGUCACGCGCUCCAGCGUCCCACGACGCUGGUGACGUACGAAGGUGUACCCGCCUAUCGAAGAUGACUGCGGGUUCUUGA